AUUUUUAUUCCUAAUCAUAUCACAGUACACUACGUUGUGCUGCUGGCAACAAUCUACGCUCCACCUUCCAUUUGACACGUUGACCUUGUCCUGCUUACCCAAGGCCUUCUGUUUCUUGAGACCAUUUCCGUAUUUUCCCGAGACAAGCCUUGACCGUUUAUCCUAGCCUCCGCGGUCCACCGUAGUGCACUCGACAAAAUGGACGCUUGCGCCGCGCUUGCGGCAUAGGCACCGGCGCGGACUAAAAUAGAGCCGCUGCGCUGGCGGCAUUGCAGUAGACAGGUCAGCGCCCUGCAGCUGCUUGGAGAACCGUUGUGCUUUAGCCACAACUUGUCAGGAGCCCUACACCACCAUGCCUGUUCUGCGGCGUGCCCUAAGUGUCCUGAAGGCGCCCUUUGUCUUUGUUGGAAAAGCAUAUAAUGAUACGGCUCAGAAAUAUCCCAUGUAUACGGGAGUGGUCACUACGGUCAUCAAGACGAGCGCUGCAGACCUGUUUGCGCAAAAGAUAGUUGAGCGUCGAGAGGAAGUGGACUGGCGUCGCCACGGCAUGUUUGUAUUGUUCGGCUUUGGCUACCUUGGUUGCUGGCAGUACUACCUCUACAACGACCUGUUCGUUCGGUGGUGUAAGCCAAUUACAGCGCUCGUCGGCCACCGUGGCUCAGCACCUGUGAAGACAUUCAUUGAUCAAUGCAUUCAUCACCCGGUGCUGUACUUCCCGAGCUUCUACACCCUCAAGGGCAUGGUGGAGGGCAAGCCCCUCUCGGAGUCCAUGUCGGAGUAUCGCGAGCACCUGUGGGAUAACUGCAAGGCGCUGUGGAUGAUCUGGGUCCCCGCACAGAUGGUGAAUUUCACCGUCGUGCCGCUGCACCUGCGCAUCCCCUUUGUGGCGGGCGUGUCCUUCGCGUGGACCGUGGUUAUCAGCUGUAUGCGUGGCGCGCUGGACAAGAAGAAGCCGGCUGCCGAGGAGGAUACGGCAAUCAUGAUGGAAUCGGUGGUCGCAAACGCGGGGGCAGCGCCGCCCAUUGUGGCACGCAGCUCACCGAUUGCGCUGCAGCCCCUGCUGUUCAACGCUGCAAACGCCAGCGCGGACAGCCCGCAGGAGGCGGAGACGUCCUCACCACCGGGCCCGCCGCGACCGACCCCGCUGUCCGCGUCAUCAUGA